AUGGAGAAGCAGUUUUAUGCAUUAAUUCUACAUCACGGACUCCGGAGCGCGGCCGGCUGCGGCGCUUGCACACUUGGAGCACGCCUGGCUUGUCAGGAAACAGCAACGUGUGACCGCCUCACAGCUAGCCACAAAGCGCAAAAGCCGCCCAAGGAUGACAAGAAGAAGAAAGAUGCCGGAAAGUCGGCCAAGAAAGACAAAGACCCAGUGAACAAAUCUGGGGGCAAGGCCAAAAAGAAGAAGUGGUCCAAAGGCAAAGCUCGGGACAAGCUCAAUAACCUAGUCUUGUUUGACAAAGCAACGUAUGACAAACUCUGUAAAGACGUUCCAAACUAUAAGCUUAUAACUCCAGCUGUCGUCUCUGAGAGACUGAAGAUUCGUGGCUCCCUGGCCAGGGCAGCCCUGCAGGAGCUGCUUAGUAAAGGACUUAUUAAACUGGUUUCAAAGCACAGAGCUCAAGUAAUUUACACCAGAAAUACCAAGGGUGGAGAUGCUCCAGCUGCUGGUGAAGAUGCAUGAACAGGUCCCACCAGCUGUAUAUUUUGAAAAAUAAAACUUUAUUAAAUCAAAAAAAAAA